UAUAUAUAUAUUCAGUAAAUUAAAUCAUCAACACUACCGUAUAGUAAAUACUUAUAUAAUUAUAUAUUGUGUAGGAAGGAGGAGGAGGGAGUGAUGGUGUCCAAAGGUGAAACCGUUUGUGUGACUGGGGCAUCAGGUUUUAUUGGUUCAUGGCUCGUCAGGACACUUCUCCACCUCGGUUACACUGUCCGAGCCACCGUCCGUGACCCCACCAACUUGAAGAAGGUGAAGCAUUUGGUGGAGUUACCUAAGGCGGAGACUAAUCUGACUCUGUGGAAGGCUGAUCUAUCUGAAGAGGGAAGUUUCCAUGAAGCUAUUAAGGGCUGUAAUGGAGUGUUCCAUGUCGCCACACCUAUGGAUUUUGAGUCCAAGGACCCUGAGAAUGAAGUGAUUAAGCCAACAAUAAGUGGAAUGUUAGACAUAAUGAAAGCAUGUGUUGAAGCAAAGACAGUAAAGAAACUAGUGUUCACCUCAUCAGCUGGAACUGUUAACGUUGAACCCAUUCAAAAACCAACCUAUGAUGAAUCUUCUUGGAGUGACAUUGACUUUUGCCGCAAAGUCAAGAUGACUGGAUGGAUGUAUUUUACCUCCAAGACCCUGGCUGAGCAGGCUGCGUGGGAAUAUGCAAAAAAACACAACUUGAAUUUCAUUACUAUCAUCCCAACACUUGUGAUUGGCCCAUUUCUCAUGCCAUCUAUGCCUCCAAGCCUCAUAACAGGGCUUUCACUAAUAACAGGAAAUGAAUCUCAUUACUUCAUUAUAAAGCAAGGACAAUUCGUUCACUUGGAUGACCUAUGCAAUGCUCAUAUUUUCUUAUAUGAGAACCCGAAAGCUGAGGGCCGCUAUAUUGCCUCUUCACAUGAUGCUACUAUAUAUGAACUUGCUAAAUUGUUAAAAGACAAGUACCCUGAAUAUAACAUUCCCACCAAGUUCAAAGAUAUAGAGGAGGGCAUACCAAAUGUGCAUUUCUCUUCGAAGAAGCUGACAGAUUUAGGAUUCGAAUUCAAAUACAGCUUAGAAGACAUGUUCACAGGAGCUGUUGAUACAUGUCGUGCAAAGGGGUUGCUUCCACUUACCCAUCAAACCAAUAUGAAGUCCCAAAACAUGAGUACUCCAGAUAAUGAGCCCAAGAAAGAGUCCAAUGAAAAAGCUGUUGCUGCUUAAUUAACUAGAAGGCAUCCAAUUUAUGUACUAAUUAGAAGUUGUCAUCUUUUUUUAAUAUAUAUCAAAUAAAUUUUUAAUGUCUUUUUUUUAUCAAGAAAGUCAUUAAAUGAUCUAUGUAUUUGGGUUUAAUAAUUAUUUUACAACAAUGACUAUCCUCACAAA